CGGCUAAUUAUGAUAUCGGUUAAUUAGUCAAAGUUUUGCGUCCUUGUAGCGAGCAGGAGCUCGCCGAAAGCUUAGGGGGCAAAGUGUCUGAAGUGUUCCGUAUAACUAGCGUAGCGCGCACGCGGAGCACCUCAUUAAAACGGCGCGACUCGAAUGCAACCCGGUUGUAUCCGCGACAUAUGUAUGUAUAUACAUACAGGCGACUGCCUGCCGUGCCGCUAUUUACCUGCUUCCCUUUAACGCACUUGGAGCGCAGUCUUUCGCGAACGGCGCGCCGACUCGCAUCGCCGAUCUCGCCCUCUCGACUCUCGAAGCGAAAAGAAACCCGGGAAAAUAUAUUCGCAGACCAAGCUCGACUCGUUGACAAACAAAAUCGCGAACGGGACCGGCCGUCGAUCGGAGAGCCGCGGCACUCCGUGCGAUUAGGUGAAUAAAAGACGACUAUCGAGGAUUCGUUGUUGGAAAAUUACGCAGAGCAUCGUGAACAUUUUUUUACAACUUUAGUUAUUUUGUUAAACUGCAAAAUUACGAAUUGCUUAACUCUCUUAACCGAUUCGAAAGCUUUGAAAAAGAUUGUUUACGUCUACUUUUUAAUCCCUCGGUUAGAAUUGAACACUCUGGGCUUGCGAAUCUCUGUUAAAAGGCGCAAUUAAAAAAUGUGUUCGUUCUCCGAAGGAUUUCAGAGGAUCAGCGGGAUUUAAUUGUUACGAAUCGUUGCGUCGACGAAAAUGUACAGUGUACACGUGGCACCGGGAAGAUCCGCGGACCGAAAGAAGAACUCGGACGACGUGGACAACGAAAUCGGAGCGUACGGCGGACGGAGGAAGGAAUCGAUUUCCGUGAAGCUGAUAAACUACAUCCGUUCGCAAUUUCAGCCAGACGCUAUAUCAGAAGGAGAGCUUGAAGGACUCGGGGGCGUUUUAGGGAGCUCCGGGGGCGCCGCGCUCGCCCUCGGCGGCCGACACAAGCCGGAGGAGCUCGCCACCCUCGCGGCCACCACCAGAUUCUCCCGGAAGGAGAUUCAACUCAUCUACCGGGGCUUCAAGCAGGAGUGCCCAACCGGUUUGGUCGACGAAGAUGCUUUUAAGAAGAUCUUCUCGCAAUUCUUUCCGCAGGGAGACGCAAGUCAGUACGCUCAUUAUGUGUUCAACACCAUGAAGAGGAAACCGUCCGGCAAGAUAAGCUUCGAGGAGUUUCUCACCAUACUGUCGAAAGUGUCGAGAGGUUCGGUCGAGGAGAAGCUGCAAUGGGUAUUUGGCCUGUACGAUCUGGAUGGCGAUGGUCUGAUAAGCAAAGAGGAAAUGCUGGACGUCGUCGGCUCCAUUUACGAGAUGCUGGGUCGUUACACGCAACCGCAAAUCCUUGAGCCACAUGCGGCCGCCCGCGAGCACGUCGAUCGCAUCUUUCACUUGAUGGACGCGAAUAAGGACGGCGUGGUGACCAUCGAAGAGCUGGUACAGUGGUGUUCCAAGGACGAGCAAUUGCUGCGAAGUCUCGAUACUCUGGACACCGUAUUAUGAAAUCUUAGCGUUCGUCGGAGAUUUCAGAUUAUCAACUACGCUUUGAGCAAUGACUAUAAAAUAUCGUGUAAAAUAUCUUUCCAUCGAUCUACCUGCCUCUCUUUAUGUAGAUAAGGAAGAUACACAAAUUUUCAAUAAUUUAAUGAUUGUACAUAUAAGAGAAAACGUUAAAGUUGAUUGAAAACAUUUAAAAAUAUAUAAGAAAGACAGGAAAAAUCGAAUUAAUGUUGCAAUUCUAAGCAAAAUCUUAAGACUCAUAAGAACUAACUUAUGAGUAGUCUGCGAUUUUAUGCGUACCGUAUAUCAUACAGUCACUCGCAGAAUAUACGGUAGAAUUGCAGAUAUUACACGUCAGUUACUUUUUAUGAGUCUUUUAUUAAUCUCUCGAAAACUAGUUGCGAGUCUUACGAUUUUACUUAGAACUGCAGCAUAAAUCUGUUUGCGAAUCGCGAGUUUGCGAUUCAAGCAAGGUGCAAUAAUUCAAUAUUUACGGGAACAGAAAAUCAAAUGCGACCAACCGGAGUGUCAUUGCUCGAGACGUAUCUUUAAGAAAAGAACGAACCCUGGAGAACCCUUUCGCACGUGUCUUUGUAAAUAUGUAUGUACCUCGUUUACACCUACCCAGUCUUUCAAGUACAACACUUCCGAUACUUCAUUCAACGGAUUGAGAAUCUGAGAGAAUCGACGAUUUUAGCCCCCUUCUAAGUUUCUUGAAAUUCCACAGUUUUGAGAAUUUUUGAAACGUUGAAGUUAUAAAAUAUCUCAAAUUGUUAUAUUAUACAAAAUUAUUAAAUCACUCAUUAAUUAUGUCAAAGUAAGUAGAUCAUCAGUCCGUUCAGAUGCUCGAGCCCUUGCCAGAAAUAGAUGAGUUAAAAGUAAUCGAUAAACGAAUUUGAUCUGCAAAGGCAGAAAGGGUAUUCGGAAUUUAAUUAAAAUCGAUAAUCGAUUUUAAUUCGAAUGUUCUUACGACUUCACAAAAAAAACGUGCGUCUCUCUUCUUAAAAAUGUUUCCGUUGGCUCGUAUAUUUUUAGAAGAUCGCUAUGAUAUUCGCUUAGUGUUUGCGAAAUGUUUAAACCUUCGGGAUCUUAAAUACGUAUUAAUCGAUUGAUCCUUCGAAGGCGCAAGUCUGCCCUAGUUCUUUAAGAUUUCCAAAUUUGAUCUUUCAAUCUUAAUGUACUAUCGUGAAUGCCAAAUUUGGACUUUUAAGUCAUCGAUUACAAAGCAGUACUCUUCUCAGGCCAGAUGAGGGGCAACCAACAUUGCCCUGUGUUGUUACUUGGCCUUUACCUCUUGUGAUUAUCCUGUACCUUAUUAUUAUAUAACAUUAAUGAUAUUAAUAUACAACAUAUAAUUAUUAUCGAAGUUAAGGUAACUCGUUGUCUGCCAUACGUGCCGUCAAAACUAAUAUAUCUCUCUCUCAUAUUUUUUCGAAUCUCUUAAUAUCAUUAUAUAUUUUUCGCUUUAAAAUUUUCCUUCAAGAAUUCAAUUUCAUUGCAGUCUCGGGUCUCACGUGAUCUUAAUUAUUCGCGAAUUUUUUAAAUGUUUUGAACACUGCGGUCUCACGAAAUUCUUAAUUAUUUAAACAUUCAUCAAUCCUAUCAAUCAUAAGUAUUUCACGCAUGACUUCUAAAGACAGGUAUCCUUUUAUGGUUCUAUUUCGAUCUUCAUGGCAGAUAAAGUGUCGAUACCACUUAUUACACUUGUUCUCAAAUUGUUGAGGUUUAAUAUUUAACCCUUCUUACAGAAACGAAACUAUAUAUAUACAUAUAUAACAUAUGUAAUAUAUAUGUAUAUAUAAAAUCGACUGUUGAAAACAUUCCAUGAAUUUAUUCUCGCUCGCAAAUACAAGUGCGAGUUUCUCGGCGUUGUAAACGCAAAAUGCGCCUUUUGCGUGUUUAACAAGAUUAGCGUGUAGCGUGUAUAUACGUGUAUGCACUUUUGUUAAAACGCAUGUACACUCGUGCAUACCUGUGAGAAAAUAAAUCUACCUUUGUACCACGAA